AUGACCGAAGCCACUCCAACGGGCGCGGCGCCGCCCAAGAAGCGUUCCCUCUUCAAGCGCCCGGCUUGGCAGGACUCGCCCAAGAACGAAGACGCCGACAUAUUCAGCCACUCCAACGAGUUCAGCGACAUUGUUGCCGAGCAGGCCCGACGGCGCGAGGAAGAGAAGAAGAAAAAGAGGCACGGCGACAGGAAACGCCGGCGCACAUCAGACCACGGCGAAGAGCCCUCAUCCACCACGAGCGGCGCGGGCAGGACCAGCAGCAAGACACGCAGCAAAACGCUCCUCUCUCCCGUUCCAAAACACUCGUCGCCCAGCUCGCGGGCACCGUCGACAUGCCCGAGUGUUUCGCUGCCACAGAAAGAGUCGCUCGUCAUUGCGCUGGAUGACUCGGACGACGACGACUCCAAGCCGCACCGCCAAGAGACUACACUGGGUCCAGGGCCAGUCAGUGCCAGCCAUCUACAAGACAUGGCUGUUAGGCCAUCGAGACCCUCGCCCGUGGUUAUCCCAGACGAUGAAGAUGACGAGGCAAAAGACGACUCGGACUCUGAGUUUGCGGCGUUGCGAGCGAGAGCACUGGCGCGCAUUGCAGCAAAGGCAAAGGCCUCGUCAACAGAAGGCGUCGAGGGUGCCAAAGCGCCCGUCACCCAGCUACUCAUCACAUCUGAAAUUCCAAACACCAGCGCCUUAAUGGUCAAGGUCAGAGUAGAUACGCUCAUUGAGAAACCGCGCAAAGCAUGGUGCGCAAAACAAGGCUUUGCGCCUAGAAUGGAGGAUAGUGUCUUUUUUACCUGGAAAGGUACACGUAUAUACGAUAGUACAUCUAUUAUGCGCCUAGGGAUACAAAUCGGUGCCCACGGUAGCGUGACAGUGGACGGAGACUCCAACAUCUACGAUGACGUCAACCUCCCCAAGAUCCAUGUAGAGGCUUGGACAGACGAGUUGUUCAGAGAACACAAGAGGGAAGAAGCGGCGGCGGCGGCUGCCAAAAAGCUUGCUGCAGAGGCUCCUCUUGUGUUGGAAGAAAGGACUCCGACUCCAGAGCCCACGCCGCCAUCGACAAAACUGCGCCUUAUCCUCCGUGCAAAAGGAAAAGCAGACUUUGGGUUGACAGUGAAUCCACAUACCACUAUAGCUCACAUCGCAAAUGCCUACAAGACGAAACUCGAUAUCGAU